CAUAGCACGUUGGGAGGAAAUUCUUUCAAAGGUUGCCCAGAGAAGGUGUGGAGGUCUUGCUUGGGAGCCAAGGGCCCACGCCCACAGCCACCAUGAGGCGGUGAGCGUGAUGUCACAGUGGGUGUCAGAGUGCAGCCAUUGUGACGCGUGAAGCUUGGAGUAGAGCACAGGCUGGCGGGCUCAGCGCAAGCGUCAGUGCGGCCUGGUGAGGCGUGGAGAGAGCAGGGUCUCUUGCAGUGCUCACCGUCGACGCAAAUGAUGUAUGCUAGGAAGCGGAAGUUGUCUGACUCUCAGGAGCCAGGUGAGAGCACUGCGUCCCUGUGCACAGGUCCCGAUGCUGGGCAGAGGGGUGCUGGGGCUCUGCCUGCGGCUGAGAGCCGAGAGGGGAGGAAGGGGCAGGCAGGAGCUCCCAGGCAGGCAUGGGGCUGGGCCCCUCUGCUCCUUGGCAAGGGGGCCCAGCUUGGGCUGCGGCUGCCUUGGGCCUGCCAUGGCCCCUUCCCCUCCACCGCCUCCAGCCAGCAUGGCAGGCACAGAGCAGGACCCUGGGGACAGCCCCCAGGGACACCUGGCCCCGCCAGCUGCUCACCGCUGCUCACAUUUGCUCUCUCCUCUGCAGCGUGCGUGCUGUGUGGCCGGGGAGAUGUUGACCGAAACAUCUUUGGCCGCACAUUUGACCAGAUUUGGUUUUGGGUCCACGAGUUCUGCUUGCUUUUUGCCAACAUCUCUUUUGAUGAAAGCUCCACACAGGAGGGAACUGUGGGCAUUGACCCAGCUGCCCUCACACGCAAAGUCAAGCAGGCAAACCAGAAGCAAUGCUGUGUUUGCGGCGAGAGGGGGGCUGCCAUCACAUGCGCACAGGGCGGCUGUGAGCGCAGCUUUCAUCUGCCCUGUGCCAAGGACGGACAAUGCGUCACCCAGUUCUUUCGAGAGCACAGGUCCUUCUGCUGGGAGCACCGCCCUCGACAGACCGCAGUGACAGCUCCAGCAAGAGGCACCACCUGUGUCAUCUGCCGGCAGACCGUGGGGAACGUUGCAUCCUACCACACCCUGGUGUGCCCAGCGUGCAAACAUGCCUGGUUCCACCGGGCCUGCGUCCAGCAAAAGGCCUUGAAUGAAGGCAUUGCAUGCUUCCGGUGCCCUGCCUGCCAAGACGGCGCUCAGUACCGUAUUGAAAUGUCCAUCCUAGGGAUCCGAAUCCCGGACAGAAGACCAGAGCGGGAGGACAAUCGUGCAUCCACAGCGGUUCUACAGAGGCACGGGCACUGCGACGCCGUCAUCUGCUUUUGCGCUGGAGGCAGGGAUCAGGCAGAAGAAGAGGGGUGAGUUACCGCAGCAGCUCUCUGGCGCUCCGUGGGGGAUCUCAGCCUCAGCACAGGCUGGGAGGUCAAGGACUGAGCACGAGAGAUGUGCCGGGCGCUCCCUGCCUUGGCUCACUUGUUCCUCACGGCCACAACCCCUUUUCUUCCCCAGGCCCUGGCAGCUGGUCCCGUGCAGCUCCUGUGGAGCGCAGAGCACCCACCGAGAAUGCUCCUACUCGAGCAUCAGAAUGAACAAGUGGGACUGCGACAGAUGUGCUGGCCUGGGUACCGCCUCCAGCACCAUCGCGCAGCUCGCUGCCCUCAGCGCUGCCAGCCAGCAGGGCCUGGAGCCAUCCCACAGCCCCCAGGAGCCUGAGGACAGCUGCUCCGGCCCCACCAUCCAGCCAGCGUCGGGGCCAUCCCACA